AUGCGUCUCGGCUCGACUCUCGCGCUGGCGAGCUUAUUACACAGCAUCACCCCUGCGCUAGGUCUCCAAGACUCGAAAUCUAACCCGGGCCUCUCACAGUAUGUGAACCCGUUCAUCGGAUCUGAAGGUCCCGAUGGAACUGGAUUCGGCGGCGGCGAUAUCUUCGUUGGUGGGGCGCGGCCAUUCGGCGUCGCGAAGGUGGGCAUUGAUUCUACGGCGGCGAAUUGGUCUACAGCCGUGUUGAAUGGUGGCUGGACUCCUGAUGGCAAUGUGACGGGGUUUAGUAUGAUGCAUGAAAGUGGAACGGGAGGUGCGCCGAAGUAUGGAUUGAUUGCGCAAAUGCCACUGGCCUCCCUGGAGGAUGUCAAUGUUUUGGAUAAUAUGACUUAUAGUCAGCAAAGAGUUGGGAAAGAUAUUGCUAGCGUGGGAUAUUACAAAACGCGAUUGCAGAGUGGCGUUGAAGCUGAGCUCUCUGCAUCGCGACAUGCUGGCAUUAUGGAAUAUUCGUUUCCCAAAGGAGAGAAACACAUUCUGGUUGAUUUAUCACACUACCUACCUGCCUCCCCCGGUGAUACCGGCGGCCAAUUAUUUGCGGGAGGCGAAAUCCAGAUUGAGGAAGAUGGCAAGUCCUACCGUGGAUAUGGGACAUAUGUUGGUGGCUGGAAUAACGUACACAAACCAGGCGCACCAUUUACAGUCUACUUCUACGGAGAGUUCAAUCACCAGCCGCAGCAGGCGCAGACAUUCUCCGGACCAAACACCGACCCAAUGCCACGCUAUCAGAAUCUCGCAAACGGAGGAAUCAGCGAGCCUGAGUUCGGUAAUCAAACUGACAAGGUCACUUCCGGACCGAUGAACAACCGUAUCGGCGUGCUUUUCAGCUGGAAGGAUGGCCCUGCCUCGCAGAUUACUUCGCGCGUUGGUAUUUCCUCCAUGUCAAUUGACCGAGCGCAGUCAUAUAUCAAAAAAGAGAUUCCAUCCUGGAAAUUGAAUGACACCGUCGCGGAUGCUGUCGAUGAAUGGAACCGGGACGUUUUCAAUAAGAUCCAGGUUCCGAUCGAUGACUCGGCCAAUAUGACCCACGUCAGACUCCUCUACAGCUCUCUAUAUUUCAUGCAUUUAAUGCCAUCUGACCGGACCGGUGAGAAUCCGCUCUGGGAUUCCGGCGAGCCAUACUGGGAUGACUUUUAUACGAUGUGGGAUAUUUUCCGCUGCACUGUUAGCUUUUAUCACAUUUUCCAGCCAAAGUAUUACGAAUCUAUGAUUCGUGGGUUAAUCGAUAUCUGGAAACACGCAGGAUUUAUGCCAGAUGGCCGAUCAGGAAACUGGAACGGACUUGUACAAGGCGGGUCUGACGCAGACAACGUUCUCGCAGACGCGUACGUGAAGGGUCUGCGCGGUGGAAUCAAUUGGACCGAGGGCUACGCAGCGAUGGUGAAAGACGCAGAGGUCACACCGUACAAUACCUUCGAUCCAACGGACUUCACAGCCAGCACAAAAGAAGGACGUGGAGCGCUGGAUGACUGGAAGGAGCUGGGCUACGUCUCGUAUGACCGGAACACGCGGUGUAUAUCGCGGACGGUCGAGUAUAGUCUCAAUGAUUUUGCAGUGGCGCAGGUGGCCCAGGGUGAGAGUCCUGCGGAUGUGGAGAAGUAUUUGAAUCGGUCUGCUGGGUGGCAGAAUAUUUGGGAUGAGAAGGUUCAGAGUCUUGGGUUUGAGGGGUUUUUGGCGCCGAGGCUGGCGGAUGGGAGGUUUAAUGGUUCGUUUGAUCCGCUUUUGUGUGGGGGGUGUGAGUGGUCGGAUGUGAGCUAUGAGGGGAUUCCUUGGGAAUAUUCGUUUGUGAUCCCGCAUGAUGUGAAGACGCUGAUCAAGUUGAUGGGUGGGGAGGAGACCUUUGAGAAGCGAUUGGAUAUGAUGGAUCUCGGAGCCAAUGGCGCUGGCAUCACAACACUAAUCAAUAUCGGUAAUGAGCCGGACUUCGCCACACCCUACCUGUAUAACUACAUCAACAAACAGGCCAAGAGCGUGAUGCAAUCCCGCAGCCUCGCCAACCAAUAUUUCAAAGACGCUGCGUACGGAAUCCCUGGAAACAGCGACGCCGGAGCUAUGAACUCCUGGUUGUUGUGGCAGAUGUUGGGGAUUUAUCCCAUCGUCACUCAACCAGUCUACCUGCUGUCAUCGCCAUGGUUCCCAGACUUGAAUAUGACUAUCAACGGAGACAAGAACUUGCGAAUUAAAGCGACCGGGCUUGAUGAGGGAUAUUUCGUACAAGGAGUGCAGAUCAAUGGGAAAUCGUGGACAAAGAACUGGUUCGAGCAUGAGGAUGUGAUGGUUAAUGGCGGGACGAUUGAGUUUGAGCUCGGGAAAGAGGCGACAGAGUGGGAGACGGGAAAUGUUCCUCCUUCACCGGGCCAUGUGCAGCUAAACAAGUAG